AGGUCAGAGCAAGCCUCUUCCUGGAAUGUUCAAGACAAUCCAAUGGGGCUUUAAAGAAUGCGUUCCAGAAGCAGUGACACAGAGGGCUCAGCCCAAAAGCAAUUUCCAAGACAUAGUAAAGACCAUGGUUUCCAAGGGCCUGUGGACAUGAAGCAGAGACAGCAAGACAAAGACCCCACCAGUGAGUCAGAUGCAAUUGUUCCCUGUCCUAAGUCACACAGUGGUAUCAGUCACCAUGGAGAAGACCUCUCAAGAGAUGACCUAUUAUUUCUUCUGAGCAUUCUGGAAGGAGAACUGCAGGCUCGAGAUGAAGUCAUAGGCAUUUUAAAAGCUGAAAAAAUGGACUUGGCUUUGCUGGAAGCUCAGUAUGGGUUUGUCACUCCAAAAAAGGUGUUAGAGGCUCUCCAGCGAGAUGCUUUUCAAGCAAAAUCUGCCCCUUGGCAGGAGGACAUCUAUGAAAAACCAAUGAAUGAGUUGGACAAAGUCAUGGAAAAACAUAAAGAAUCUCAUAGACGAAUCCUGGAACAGCUUUUAAUGGCAGAAAAAUCUCAUAGGCAAACCAUACUGGAGUUGGAGGAAGAAAAGAGAAAACAUAAAGAAUACAUGGAGAAGAGUGAUGAAUUCAUAAGCUUACUAGAACAGGAAUGUGAAAG